GUGGGGGCGAGGGUUAGGGUGUGACUUGUGGCAGGACCAUAGCCCAGCCUUCAGGUGACCACCGUGGUCGGUCACGAUGCCUUCCCCACCCCAAAGCCUUGGGGCUGCCUGCCCUUGGGGUUUGGUGGCUUUAUUUGGAGGGGAAGAGCAGGCUGGGCACCCCCAGCAGCUGGCCUCAAGGGGGGUCUUGAGGGUCCCCCUCACACACUGAGCUCCAGGGCCUUCCAACCCCAAACCUCCCUUAUGAGUGGAAAUAUUGAUUUUUACAGUUAAACCUGUGGUAACAUCCUGCUACUAUUAGGCCUUCUAUGGCUUUCAGGUGUGUUGGCAGCUCAAGGUGAGCGUUAUUUGGGAGCCCGGCGUUUGAGGAGGUUUGAUGAGGUCCCUGAAGCGCACCUGCCCUGCCUGGUGUUCCUCCUGGCUGCCAUGUGCAGAGUGGCCGAAGACCAUGACAGGUCUCCCAAGCACAUCGGGAACGACCGCCAGCGUGGUAAUUAUCCGCGGGUCGAAGAUGUACGUCGCUCACGUUGGCGAUUCAGGAGUGGUGCUGGGAGUCCAGGAUGACCCUAAGGACGACUUUGUGAGAGCUGUGGAGGUGACACAGGACCACAAGCCAGAACUUCCCAAGGAAAGAGAGAGAAUUGAAGGCCUUGGGGGCAGUGUGAUCAACAAAUCUGGGGUGAAUCGUGUCGUCUGGAAGAGGCCGCGUCUGACUCACAACGGCCCCGUGCGCCGCAGCACCGUCAUCGACCAGAUUCCCUUCCUGGCAGUUGCUCGAGCGCUUGGUGAUCUUUGGAGCUACGACUUCUACAGUGGUGAAUUUGUUGUGUCUCCUGAGCCUGACACCAGUGUGCACACAAUCGAUCCCCAGAAGCAUAAAUAUAUUAUCCUUGGCAGCGAUGGACUGUGGAACAUGAUCCCACCUCAAGAUGCCAUCUCCAUGUGCCAGGAUCACGAGGAGAAAAAAUACUUCAUGGGAGAGCACCGACAGUCUUGUGCCAAGAUGCUGGUGAACAGAGCCCUGGGCCGGUGGAGGCAGCGCAUGCUUCGUGCAGAUAACACCAGCGCCAUCGUCAUCUGCAUCUCCCCGCUGCAGGACGGCAAAAGCGACUUGGAAAAUGAAGAAGAAUUGUAUCUCAACUUGGCAGAGGGUCCCUCCUAUAGCAGCCCUGAUACGAAUGUCAUGACACCCUCCCGCUGCUGUACCCCCCCAGUAAAGCUUUUGGAAGAUGAUCCAUGGCCACGACCGAAUUCUUCCGAGCCUGUUCCUCCCCUCAUGCAUAGCAACAUGAUCUCAGAAAAAUAUUUAGAGCUGCCAAACGAGAUUGCCAAAAGCAAUUUACCUUCGUCAGGAGCAACCCCGAAGGAUUCAGGCCCGCAGGAGGAGAAGUGCAGCAAAGCCUUGGCUUUGAGGAUACACGAAUCCUACAGCAAUGGUUUGUCGGUCAAUCUCUCCCCUUCCAACUCGGCAAAUUCAGGCACGGACCAAAAAGGUUUGAAGGGGUCUCCUAACGGCCAAACAAAAGCCCAAGACGCAGAGAGGACGCCCACCUCAAACUUUAAAAGGACAUUGGAAGAAUCCAACUCGGGCCCAGCUAUGAAGAAACCCAGACGUGGCCUGAGUCGAAACAUGAGCGUCCCACCCGAGGGCAUGGCCCCGACUCCCCAGCGCAAAAACCCAGCCAAGCUGACCAUGCGCCGCAGCCUGCGGGGCCAGAAGAAGCUCAGCACCUCGCUCUUCCACCCCCCCAGGAAAGCUGUCUGCGUCUGCUGAGGGGCCCUCCUGCAAGGAAAUGUAUUUCAGGUCUGGUUUAGAAUUUUCAAGUUGGUGCAAAAGUCUGAAACUCUUCCCGUUUUAAUCUUUUUUUUUUUUUUUAAAGUAGAAACUUUUUUUUGGUAUCGAACAGCUUUAUCCCAGCCUUGUACUUGCUUGUAUUAUAACUGUGAAUUUUGUAGAUGUGUAGGGUAUAAGUCACUGUAAAAUGUGUGUAAAUUUGUAUUCCUUCAUAUAAAUGUAGUCUCUUUUCUUCCUUGUAUAAUUGUUACAGCGGGGCUAAACCUUGUUUUAAAAAAAAAAACAAAUAAUCCUUUUUGUUAAUUUACUAAAGUCAUGAAUUUGUAUACGCUUCUUGUGAUGAGAAUUUCACAACUUUUUAACUAAAGUAAAUUAUUAAACAGAAUGGAAGAUAUGUAUUUUCGUAGUACUAUACGUUCCACCUAAAGUGUGUCUUUUAGAGAAUACACUAGGUCUAUAUUUUGUUUUUAAAUUUUAGAUUUCUCUACUCAGAAAUGAAAUGUACUUGGAAGCCGAGAUGUUGAGUCUUGCUUUACACAGCUCAAUGUCGAUUUCUUUACGUUAAUUAAAAUACUAUGCAGUAUCUUAUUUAGUUGUAUCUUUUGUAACAUUAAUUGUCAACAGUAUUUAGCAAAAAAAUAGUGUGUUUUAAAAGUCCAACUCCCAAAAGCAUCCUACAAAGCCAUUCCCAUCCCCUGUUAGAAACGAUGGCAUUUUUAUCCAGGCAUAAAUGUCUGCCCUUCGGAGGGGUGAACUUCCUGCUAUUCCAAUACCGAUGGUGCUGCUAAUACCUUUCCACACAAGUUCUUAAAUUAUUUUAUGACUUAUUUUUGUUGAGUAUGUGGACCAUGUGUAUGUUCACCUCAAUAAAACCUGUGAAAAUCGGA